AAUUUAUUUAAAUAAAUUAUACUAAUAAACAUUACAAAAAAAAGGCUAAAUAUCAAACUUCGUAGUUGCCAUGGAUGAUGGAAUUGUUAAAAUGGGGGAAGCGGCUCAUGUGGGAAACAUUGAGGGCAUAUAUCAACUGCUUCAGCAGGAUCCAUCUGUUCUGCGAAGAAUUGAAGAUGAUUUGCCUUUUGCUCAAACGCCCUUGCACAUAGCUGUUCAACAUAUGGUUUCGGAUCCGCAAAAUGAUGAACAAAUUAGAGCUGCAAAUACACGGUAUGGUGAAUUUGCUUUGGAAAUGAUGAACUUAAAGCCAUCAUUUGCUAGAAAGUUAAACCCAUCUGGGUUAAGCCCUAUACAUCUUGCUGUGCAAAAUAAUCAGACUUUCGUGGUACGAGAGCUCCUAAAAGUCGACAAAGAUCUAGCUCGUGUUAAAGGCAAGGGUGGUCAGACCCCUUUGCAUUUUGCCGCAGACCAAGAAGCACUGGAUCUUUUAGUUGAGUUUCUGGAGGCAUGCCCUGAAUGCAUCACAGAUGUGAACAUACACGGCCAGACUGCUCUCCAGGUUGCUGUAAAAAACGGACGCUAUGAAGCUGCAAAGUUCUUGGCUUCUUGGAUUUACAGGAGCACCCACAAAGAUAGCGCAGCUUGGGAAAGGGCAGUGUUGAAUGGGAAGGACCAAGAAGGAAACACUGUAUUGCAUAUAGCCGCAUUAAAUAAUGAUCCCCAGCUCCUAAAAGUCGACAGAGAUCUAGCUCGUGUCAAAGGUAAGGGUGGUGAGACCCCUUUGCAUUUUGCAGCAGACCAUGAAGCACUGGAUCUUUUAGUUGAGUUUCUGGGGUCAUGCCCUGAAUGCAUCACAGAUGUGAACAUACAUGGCCAGACUGCUUUCCAUGUUGCUGUAAAAAACGGACGCUAUGAAGCUGCAAAACUCUUGGCUUCUUGGAUUUGCAGCAGUAUCCACAAAGAUAGCACAACUUGGGAAAGCGUAGUGUUGAAUGGGGCGGACCAUGAAGGAAAUACCGUACUGCAUAUAGCUGCAUUAAAUAAUCAUCCCGAGAUGGUGAGAUUGUUAUUAAAAUUCAAUAUCUCCAAGAAAAAGAUAAAUUUGAAAGGGCAGACAGCUCUAGAUAUAUCAGAAGGCCAAAACAACGGCGGAGAGAUUGGGAAUGUUCUUCGUCGGGCUAAAUGUCGGAAUGCGUCAGCAAUUUCUCCAUGUCCAACCUUAGUCCAGUCAUUGAGAUCUACGAAGUUGUCAUUCAUGAAAGUAUUUUCAAGGGAUAUGAAACGUCAGCGUAGCAAAUUUUCAAAUGAUUUUCUCAAUGCUUUGCUGGUAGUAUAUGCCCUGAUCCUUACAACCACCUACCAAGCCUGCCUUACCCUCCCGGUAGGUUUUACACAGGAAAAUAUUUCUGGUAAUUUUACACAGGGAAACAUUACUAAUUUCCACAACAACUCUUUAACAGAACAACAAUGGCCUGUUGGGGAGGGCCCAAGUGGUAUUAAUCUUUUCUAUUCAGCCAACACUAUCACUUUUGGUUCUACUGUUUUCGCAAUGAUAAUAGUCACCGUCCUAAAAGAUAGCGUAAAUGGCAUGUUGAGCUACUUUUCGCUUGUAUUACUCUUUUUCUGCUAUACCCUCGGUGUGACGGCCAUAUCUCCAACUGGUAGCUUUGCUUUUGCAGUUCUUCCUGCCCUUACUAUUCUUUUCCUUUCUCUUUUAAUUUUGGCCUGGAGAUUAUACGCCUUUAAAUUUGCACCAUAUAUGGAGACAUAGUUUUCAUUAGUCAAAGAUGCAAUGUGCUCUCAGUUGCAAUUUCAUGUGGGAAUAAACUUAUGUAUUUAAG